CUUUGAGCGGCAGAAGUGACACGCUGAUGUAAUUGUGAGCCGUCAUUGGUGUGCGGCUUUGAUUAAAACCGUUGUGUCACUUUUUUUACAACGUGCGUGAGGGCGAUGAUGCGCUUUUUAAAACAGAGUCGGGGCUCUCUUCAAGGCUGCUCCGGCCUCGCUCGGAGUUUGAAAUGUUCACCUGCGAGGCACCGAUCUGGCAACCGUUGCCAGGAAGUGACGUCAGGCGGCGCCUUCUCGGCUUGUCUUCCUGCUUUUGAACACCGCGCUCGAGCGUCGCCGGGUCUGCCAUGUUCAACCCAAGCGACUUGGAGGGCGACGUCGACCACUCCUUUUUUGACAGUGACCGCGACGAAGACCGAGGCGGAGGCGGAGGCGGAGCGGGAGGGGGAGGCGCAGGCGGCAGCGAGGAAAAUGAAACGGAAGAAGACGUGCCCGCCCGGACGCCCAGCGGCUCGUUCGUGGCGUUUCUGGCCAGCGAGGCGGCAGGAGACGACGAGAACAGCAACAGCGGCACGGACGACAACCGGGAGCCACCCGCAGCCUCGCAUUCGGCGUCGGAGGCUUUCAGCGAGCAGUCCCCCCGAGCCAAGCGGCCGCCGAGUUCCUCUUCCACCGUCUCGAGCCGGUUCAGCUCGCCGGGAGGUUCGAGGAGAAGAGGCCGAGCGCCGUCCGCCCGCGUCCCCAGCAGGGCGUCGAACAGGCCGUCCCUCGCCGAAGCGUCGGACUACACGCUGAGGGACGAGGUCAGUCCGGUCUCCUCGACGUUCCAGCACCUCCAGUUUGCGGAGCCCGAGGAAGGUGGCGCCAAGGGUCAGCGGCGGGGGAGUGCGCCCCCGACCCGAGCCAACAGCAUCCUUCGUCCGCAGGGGACUUUGAAUGCAGACACGGACUCGUUUGCCAGUGGGAGCGUCAUGCAGGACAACCUGAUCCUUCACUGCAGAGGACGGCCGAGCAGGAAGAACUUCACCUUCAACAACAACGAGGUGCGGCGCAUCGACCACGAGAAUCAGCGACUGCUGCGGGUGCUCUCCCGCAUCUCCUUAGCGCCCGGCUCCAUCGUGAACCAGUUCAGCCGCAAGAGCACCACUCCCCACGUCCCCCACAGCUCCGUCAACCGCAUGCGGGAGCAGAAACGCAUUGAUAAGGACAACCAAGCACUCCUGAAGCGGUUGGAGUACGUCAAGUCGACGCCGACGCUCAAGCGUUCCAACCAGCUGUCCGACUACCAGCGUCAAGCCAGAUAUCAGGCCACGCCGUGUGAAGUGUGCGACGCCGCCACCAACAUACUUCCAUCCAGCGUGGCCGGCAUGAGCUCCAUUCGAGGCAGCGCGUCCCAGAUGGGAACACGGGCCACCUCUGUCAGCUCCAACGCAGCCAGGUCCAAAGCGCUCCUCGCCGCCCGCCCGCCAUUUUGUUGUUAGGCUUCUUAUAUGUACAGUUCAGUAUGCAUGUGUCUUUAAUUUAAUUAAUAAACUUGUCUAUUUUUA